GGGCGGCCGUCGGGGAUGUCCUACAAGCCCAUCGCUCCCGCCCCCGCCACCCCCGGAGCCGCCAGCGCCAGCCCCGCCCCGCCGGGGCCCGGGGCGCCGUCCGCCGGUGAGAGACCCCCCGCCACGAGUGUCCCGUCGCCCUCCGGCUCCGUGCCCGGCGCCGCCGCCCCUUUCCGGCCGCUCUUCAAUGACUUCGGGCCGCCGUCCAUGGGUUACGUGCAGGCCAUGAAGCCCCCCGGGGCGCAGGGCUCGCAGAGCACCUACACCGACCUGCUCUCGGUCAUCGAGGAGAUGGGCAAGGAGAUCCGGCCCACCUACGCCGGCAGCAAGAGCGCCAUGGAGCGGCUGAAGCGGGGGAUCAUCCACGCCCGGGCGCUGGUCAGGGAGUGCCUGGCAGAGACAGAGCGAAACGCCCGCACGUAACGGCAGCUGCCGCCCGGGACCCCCCGGGACCCCCGGUGGCGGCGCGGGGGGGGCCGCCGUGCUGCCCGCGCCCCCCCCUCCCCGCGAUCUCCGCUCUUUAUAAAUGCCUGUUUUUAUAAAUAAA